CGCCCCUUGAUUCAAUCCGCAACACACCAUGCAAUAAGGUCCCAGAAAAGCCCCGUUCUGGAUAGACCUGCCUCCAUCCGUUCCUUUCGUUCAAUUUUGUGCAUUUCAGAGCAUGCAGCGACACUCUUUCCGUUGAUUACUUAUCCAACCCCGUCUCCACGGGGUAGCCAAGCUACACGCCAACACAUACACACCGGGCGGUCGCCAAUAUGAGCUACGCCUAUCCACGCAGCGCCGGCGCUUCGUCUCUUCCCUCGUUUAAUUCGGUUUCCGGGCAAGCAUCGGGUAUUCUGCGGCAGGCAUUGGAGGGAUUACCAGCUACGGCGAAACAAUGGUUUGCGGAUGGAGCUACGAGUUUUCGAGGGUCGAAGGGAAGGAGUGAUGCCCGUGGCGUGGCGGCAUUGAUUUUGCGACGCCUUUUCACGGUCGCCAAUGCCGUCGUUAUCAUGUGGUUGUUCACACUGUGGUGGGGAGAGCGAACGGUCUUUCAAGAGGCUAUUGAUCGGUGUGUUUGGGAGAGCUGGGAGAAGUGGCCCCAAGGUACCACGCCGCAUCAUGUCGCGUUCGUGGCCGAUCCCCAGCUUGUCGAUCCCCACACUUACCCCGGCCGCCCUUGGCCCCUCUCGACGCUGACCGUCAAAUAUACCGACCAAUAUAUGCGCAGGGCAUUCGCAUCUAUACAAGAUAAUCUAGAGCCCGAUUCCGUUGUCUUUCUGGGGGAUCUGUUUGAUGGCGGGCGAGAAUGGGCUACCAGUACGACCGUUAGCCCCGAGGACCGAUACAAGAAGAUCAAGGAUUCAUUUUGGAAGAAGGAAUAUGGCCGUUUCAUGAGGAUAUUCAUGGAUCCCUGGCUCAAACAGUAUUCCGAUCCAGUCGAUGGCCGUGGACGCAAGAUUAUUGCCAGUCUACCGGGAAAUCACGAUCUAGGAUUCGGGAACGGGAUCCAAGAACCCGUCCGUCGGCGCUUCCAAAGCCACUUUGGUAACGGUAACCGAGUGGACGUUAUUGGGAAUCAUACCUUUGUUUCCAUCGACACUGUCUCACUGAGCGCGAUGGACCAACCUGACCCGUUGACCGGGAGCUCUCGUACCAACGACGGCGAGGAAGAAGAAUUCGCUCGGCCAAUCUGGAAAGAUGCAGAUGAAUUUUUGGACCAAUUGGCCACCCGCAAAGCUACCGCGGAGACGGAGGAACUCCGGGUACUACAGAACAAGUCGGAAGACGUACUCUUUAAACAUUGUAUCGUGGAAGCUGGGGACGAGUCCGUCGAGCAGCUCCCAAAUCCCAAGUCAGCCGGGUUUCCUACCAUCCUCCUCACGCACGUUCCGCUCUAUCGCAAGGCAGCGACUCCUUGCGGACCACUGCGUGAGCAUCUCCCUCCAUCCGCACCAGGACUAGAGGAAGACGAGCCCAACUCGCUCCGACUUGGGGGUGGCUAUCAGUACCAGAACGUGCUGACCCAAACCAUCUCCAACAAACUGGUGUCCAAAGCCGGGCCUAAUGUGGUCCAGGUCUACUCCGGCGAUGAUCACGACUAUUGCGAGGUCAUCCACCGCGAAUUCAACGGCUCGCCCAACGAAAUUACCGUCAAGAGCUUGUCCUGGGCAAUGGGCGUGCGACACCCCGGUUUCCUUCUCACUAGCCUCUGGAACCCCAUUGACCCCAUCACGGGCGAGUCUACACGAAAGGGCUCUUCACUCACCAUCCAAAACCAUCUCUGCCUCCUCCCCGACCAACUAGGCAUCUUCAUCCAUUACCUCUGCAUCCUGGGCCUAAGCAUUACCAUCCUCCUCGCCCAAGCCCUCUACACUACAUUUUACUGCCCCGAGCCCCCCACCCCCGCCAACGGCUCCGUCCUCCCCCUCUCCGAAAGACGCAGCUUCCACCCCAAUCACCAGUACCAGACAUCCGAUGGUGACGAUGUCGUGAGUACGAAGGAUAAAGGAUUAUAUCGACCGGCCGUUGCGGCCAAGGGUGUGAGGGCGAAGACUGUACUUGCCUGGUGGACUUUUGUGCGGUCGAUCCGGUCCGUUGCGAUGGUUGUGCUAGGGGUGUAUUUUGUUCUGAUCUGGCGCUGGUAGCCCGUGCUGUUCAGUGCGUAUAGUGUAAAGAAAAUCAUAGACCUUGUCAAGACCAGUGAUUAUGGCUCGAUGACGUCUUCUACGUAUGAUCAGAAACUAUAGUAGUAUACACUACAUAUGUACGCAUUUAUCCUCCCUCCCGACCCCUUGGCACGGCCAACACACCCAUCCCGACCCCGACCGACCCCCACAAAUCCCGUAUUUUCCCCCGUAGCCCGCAGUGCUGCUACAAGGAGCCUAAUAGUACCGGUCCCUGAGUUCCUCUUCGUAAUCCUAAUCCCGAUCCCAGAAACAUCUACCCCACUAAUUCGCCGAAUAAAC